AUGACAUCAUUUAUAGUAGAAGGUCAUCUGCCACUUAUAAAAGCGUUACUGGAGAAACAAGGCCUCCUUGGACUUGUUAUACCAGGGUUAGUUCAUGAUGAUGCCGAAGCAGUGCUUAUGUUUUUAAACAUUCUUAAAAAGAAUAUUAUUGACAACUCCUUGAUAUCAAAGACAUUGAAGCUUAAAACAUUCAGUCAACAAGUGUUACAUAAUAUGUUUAAAGUGUAUGCAUGGAAAGGACCACCAGAAAUGAGUAUUGAACUUAGAAACAAAUUACGUCCUGAUAUAAUUAGUCUAUUAACAGAUAUCUUGCUCACAUUAUUCACAUCUCAUAGACUUGGUCUCUAUUUCAUUGAUAGCUCAUUAGGAACAACAGAUGCCAAUAAAAAUCAAAAUUUAUAUAAAUCCAUACUUAGCUUAAAAAGACCUUGGGAAAAUGAAAGUGAAUGUGAAGUAAUCCUUCAGAUAAUUUACAAAUGCCCAGAUUUGCACAGAUCAAUCAUUAAUGUUGUUGAACAAAGCUUUCAGCCUCAACAUUCUCCUAUAUGGGAAAAGUGUAUUGAAUUCGUUAUGAAACUGAUGGAUAAACUAAAACCUGAGGAUAUAAUUCAUAGAUUAAAAAAUCUUACACCUUUGCAGACAGCAAAUUUUGUAAGAUUUGUGACACUACCUGUUCCCUUGUUAAAACACAUUCAACCAAAUAUUGGAAAAGAUAGAACAAUUUCUUUAUAUUGUGCUAAAGUGUUAGCGAAGAUGUUGCAGAUGUUAAGGCGUUAUAUGCAAAUUUUGGACAUCGACGAUUCUAAUACACGUGUCGUAGAGCUGAAAAAUAAAUUGGAAUAUUUUCUUCCGAAACAUGUCCCUCCUCCACUUACAAUAGUUUCAUUGAUCAAAGAUGUCAUUAAUGGUUCAAAGGACGAGGAAGAUGUACGUGAUUAUCAUUUACCUAAGUUUGAUGAUGCUGAUGCAUUGUUGAUUCUUGUAGAGUUAUUGCUUCUUUACAAUGACCUACAUCCUGCAUUCUUUGGAUCACUUGAAGGAAAUAUAGAUAUGAAAAGCAUUCUCGAUUACUCAAUGAAAUUGUCCAGUCAGAAAGUAUCACUGUUGAAAUUCAAGAUUGUUUCGUUAUGGUUAAUGCUAGAUAAUUCUGCUGUGUCGACAAAAAAUCCAAUGUUUAAAGACCUGUUUCUUAUAAUGUUAGAUGUUUACACUAAUGAAACCGACAAUACUUGGAUGGAAGCUAAAGAUACGCUACAAAUAUUUUUUAAAAACACAACAGUUUUUGAAGGUGACGAGGAUGAAAUACAUCUGAUUUUGCACACAUUGCGUAAUGUAAAAGUGAAUCCAAUAUCGCUUAUAGGUGAUGUCAUUGAAUAUGCAAUUGAAAACAAAAAGGAACUAACUGAAUUUGUCCGUAACCAGAUUAUUCAUUUCGAAAUAUCAGAUGCGAGUAAAGAAGAAAAUUUAGAUAAAUUGUUUAAUGAUCUAAUGAAAAACAAAAGCAGUGAUGAUAAUGUAUUCUUGGAGAACAAGAUUCCUUCGCCAUUCAUUGUGGGCUGUAUACAAUAUACACAAAAUAAUAAGGAAGCAAAGAAAAAUUUAAAACAAUUUUUAUCUCUUUAUGUUGCUAACUUACUUCACUGCAAUUAUUCGCCAGAGAUGACGGAAAUUCUUAUGGAAGAUUCAAAAUUGGAUGUAAGAAACUAUGUUGCUAGUUGGGUUGGAGAACCAAUGCCCUUAUCAGAAACAAUUGUAGGUAAAGAUAACAUCUUACACAAUCUAUCCCGGUCUCUUAUAGGAAAAGAAGACUUGACACUUAAAGAUGUAUUUACAUUUUUAGAAGAGUCAUCUGAAGAAGACAAAGAUUUAGUGAUUUCUAAUAUUCCACUAAAGAUAAUUAACACCGUUGAUAGCUCCGAAUUGUUGAUAUGGACACAGUAUCUUAUAUUCUGUCUUGUAAAAUUAACCCAGAUGAAUAAAUUAUCUGAAUCUGAAGAAGAAAAACUUAAAAUAUAUAUUGAUUGUAUAAUUGCAACAGGCAAAAAACAUCACAUGUUGCAAUUUUGUCGUAAUGUUAUUUUGAAUAUGUUCAAAAACUCGCAUGUUCUUAACAUUUAUUCACCAAUAGACUUAAAUAAAAGCGAAUCAAACAUUAUUGCGACAAAAUUUCUUCUAUAUGUAAUAUCUCAUCAUUCAGAUAUUAUCAACAAUUUAGAGCAAAAACAAAAUAUUUUAAGACCUUAUAAAAUGAAAAACUACAAAGAAGUAAUGAAAUCGCUAAUUAAGAUAAAGAAAAGAAAACAUAUAAAAUGUGAUCACACUGUAAAAAUCCUUAAAGAAGUUGGUUUACGUAAGGAAGACGAUAUUUUGAUUUUAGAUCAUAUAUUUAAUACAGAUCUCAUUGCUUGUGUUAGAGAUGACAAAGAACCGAGUCUAAUGCUAGAAGUGUUACGCGUAGUUAUCGAAAAAUAUGCAAUAUCUUUGACAUUAGAUCUUCCACAAGACAUGUUGCAAAAAUCUCUUAAUAUGUACACUCAACUUUUGAAAAUAUCUGAGGUUUCAGUAAACUUAAGCGAAAUUGAAAAUGCUUUAAUCGCUUAUUUCGAAAAUAAACCGCAAUUUGUAACAUGCGUGACGCAAGAAAACUUUUCAGCUUUUUUCCAUGCAAACACGAUAAGAAAAUCUACUUCGCAUCUAGCAUCGGUGUUGUUGAAAUUUAAUGACAAAUUCUGUAAUAUUUUUAAAGAAGAGAUCAAUAGGCACGAAAUUAUAAGCCAAAGAGAGUUGACGUUGCCUCUUGGGAAUGCUAUUUUGAAUCAUAAUAUUUUCUUAUCAAAAAACAAAGAGUUUAUGUCAAGAAUUUUUGACGAAUACAAAUCUAAUAUUAAUAAAUAUCUGGAAAAACCACAUAAAGCAGGACAAAUUUAUCUAACCACUUGGAAGUUUAUAAGAAAGUUAAUUAUCGAAAGUAUGGAUGUACAGGAUUGUAAGAAAAUGUUUACUAAGAGCCACAAAUUUGAGGCGGUUGAAAUAGGACAUGUUAACUUAUUUCAAUCGGCAUUUUUAAAAAUAUGUUUGUUUGACGAAGAAUUGAAAAAGGAUUAUCUUAUUAAUUACUUUUUAUCGAUGCUCCAUUUAAUAACAACUGCUAUUAAAGAAAAUGUAGAAGUAAAUGUCUUAAAUGAAAUUGUGUACAAUAUAUUACAAGUGACAUAUGCUUGCCAUUCUAUAGCAGGCUUUCACAUCGAACAGAAGGAGGAGUUCGUUAAAUUAACUGAGAGUUCUGUAUGGCAAAAUUUUUGCAAGUCUGUUUUAAAAGAUUCCUUGAAAGUCAAAACCGCGAAUCAAGUUGUACAAUCUGGACCAAAACUUUUAUGCCUACUGACAAAGCUCGUAAAAUUGUUUUAUCCGAAUAAUCAUGAAGAUAUAAUCACCAUUUUCGAUAUGGUAACAUCGCACUCGGAGUUUUUGAAUGUAAUGCUAAGUCAUCACAGUCCUGAUAUCAAAUCAAGAUUACUCGAGAUCCUUUACGUUUUAAUAUCGCUCAAUAAAUCUGUAAUGAAGUCACAGCAGAUACCAGUUUAUUUGAGCGCAUACGGUGCCACAAGAAGUUCCUGCGACAGACUUAUCUUGUCCAUUUUAUAUUUCUACGAGAGUAAUGAACAACCUGUGAACGAAUAUAAACCUUAUGUUUGGGGAGAUUCCGCUGCAAAUUACUAUGCUGUACGGAAAAACAGAACUUCAUCUUUAUGGGGACAUCCGACCCCAAAUCAAGUGUUAAAUUUAUUUGAUAAAGAUUUAAUCGAAAGGACUGUCAGAAAUUUUCCUGUAACACAAAAAUUGGACUACUUUUAUGAAUUGCCUCAAAACUAUACUGAAGAUUCGUUCAAAAUACUUUUGAGUGAAGGAUCUAAUGAGAUCAAUGUUAAUUCUGUAAAAGAUAACGAAGCUGCAAUUAAGAUAAUACUAGAAAAACAUCGGCUUGAUAAACUCCUGCACGAAUUUAAUGAAAAUGACAUCAUGGGUCUUUCUCAUGCAGAUUCUGAUACAGAAAUAUACGAUCCCAUCUUUGUGUUUUCUUUACUAAGCCAUCUUUUGGCGCCUGGAUCGGUGGCCUCUUGCUUCAAGCUGCUGCGUAUUGGGUUGUUAUCUGUUCCGGUGAUGGCGCUGAGUUCACAUUGUCCUUUAAUGCGAUCUGCGGCGUAUCACGUUCUUCAUAGAUUCUGCAUGCUACUUGAAACUGAAACGUAA